AAAGAGAAGAGCAAAGGGAAGAGUGAAGGGGAGGAGACAGCCCAGAAAACCAGCAAAAGGAAACCUAAGGAAGAAGAAGAAGAAGAGGGAAAGAGCAACAAAAAGCCCAAAAAGGAGGAUGGAAAGAAAGAAGAGGCAGAGAACAAGUGGAAGUGGUGGGAGGAGGAGAAGAAAGAAGAUGGGAUAAAGUGGACACAGCUGGAGCACCGAGGACCUUACUUUGCCCCUCUCUACCAGCCCCUGCCUGAGGAUGUGCAGUUUUAUUAUGAUGGCAAACCCCUGAAGCUGAGCUUGGCAACUGAAGAAAUUGCCACCUUCUAUGCCAAGAUGCUUGAUCACGAGUAUACAACCAAGGAGAUCUUCCAGAACAACUUCUUCAGUGACUGGAGGAAGGCAAUGACCUCAGAUGAGCAGGAGGUAAUCAAGGAGCUGGCCAAGUGUGACUUCAGGGAGAUCCACAAGUACUUUGUGGAUAAAAGUGAGGCCAGGAAAGCACUCCCCAAGGAGGAGAAGCAGAAACUGAAGGAGGAGGCAGAGAAGAUCCAGGAGGAGUAUGGGUACUGCAUCCUCGAUGGGCACCGUGAGAAGAUUGGCAACUUCAAGACAGAGCCCCCAGGGCUGUUCCGUGGCCGUGGCGACCACCCCAAGAUGGGCAUGCUGAAGAAGAGGAUCAUGCCAGAAGAUGUGGUCAUCAACUGCAGCAAGGACUCCAAGAUCCCAGAGCCACCAGAAGGUCACAAGUGGAAGGAGGUACGCUUUGACAACACGGUUACCUGGCUGGCCUCCUGGACAGAAAACAUCCAGAACACUCUGAAAUACAUCAUGCUGAACCCCAGCUCCAAACUGAAGGGAGAGAAGGACUGGCACAAGUAUGAGGUAGCCAGGCGCCUAAAGGAUGUUGUCCACAAAAUCCGUGCUCAGUACCAAGCUGACUGGAAGGCCAAGGAGAUGAAGACCAGGCAAAGAGCAGUGGCCCUCUACUUCAUUGAUAAGCUGGCCCUGCGAGCUGGCAAUGAGAAGGAGGAAGGAGAGACUGCAGACACAGUUGGCUGCUGCUCCCUGCGUGUGGAGCACAUCAAGCUGCACCCUGAGCUGGGUGGCCAGGAGCACGUGGUGGAGUUUGACUUCUUGGGGAAAGACUCCAUCCGCUACUACAACAAAGUGGCCGUGGAGAAGAUGGUGUUCAGGAACCUGCAGCUGUUCAUGAAGAACAAGGACCCAGCAGAUGACCUCUUUGACAGGCUCAAUACAAACAUCUUGAACAGACACCUCCAGAGCCUGAUGGAUGGUUUGAGUGCCAAAGUCUUCAGGACCUACAAUGCCUCCAUCACCCUGCAGGAGCAGCUCAAGGCACUCACCAACUCUGAAGACAACGUUGCAGGGAAGCUGCUCUCCUACAACCGUGCGAACCGAGCUGUGGCCAUCCUGUGCAACCAUCAGAGGUCUACACCCAAAACCUUUGAGAAGUCCAUGCAAAACCUCCAGGCCAAGAUCGAUGCCAAGAAGCAACAGGUGGAGGAAGCUCAGCAAGAGCUGAAAAAAGCUGAAGAUGAGCUUGAAGAGACAAAAGAUGCCAAAGCAGAAGGCCUCGUGGAGAAGAAAAAGAAGCUGUUGGAGCGUCUGGAAGAGCAGCUGGCCAAGCUGAACGUCCAGGCCACGGAUAAGGAGGAGAACAAGCAGAUAGCUCUGGGCACAUCCAAGCUGAAUUACCUGGACCCAAGGAUUAGCAUAGCUUGGUGCAAGAAGUUUGGUGUGCCCAUUGAGAAGAUCUACAACAAGACACAGAGGGAGAAGUUUGCCUGGGCCAUUGACAUGACUGAUGAGGACUUUGAGUUCUGA